UAUUUGAACUAUAUGAAGGACCAUUACAUCAUAUUUUUAACUUAAGGACCACCUGGAACAAAAACCCGUGUAUUUUUAUUAGUAGUACGCUUAACGGAAUGAUGAACGAAUUUAUGUGUCGAAGUUAGAAAUGUGAGAAAGUGGUGGGCUGAUGGAUGUGAGUAUCACAAAAAAAAAGGAAAGGAACACGUUAAUAGGUAAAUUUGUGGAAGGAACAGAAUUUGUGGGAAUGGAAAUAUAAUUUGACAUUUUCCUUACUGCUGAUGAGUGUGCAAGCAGAAAGAAAUAAAGAAUGCACCCCUUGAAUGCGGUGGCAGUGGUUCGAAUGGCAACCAAAUGUCAUUCUGGUCUGGGAGCAGAAAUAGCAUUUGGAACGGUGUCAUGGUUUGUGUAUGCUGGGAUUUCAUGUUUCUUAGUACUAUUCGCUGGAAUUAUGUCAGGAUUGACGUUAGGCCUCAUGUCUUUGGGUCUUGUCGAACUUGAAAUCCUUCAACAAAGUGGCACACCCUCUGAGAAAAACCAAGCGGCUACAAUCCUUCCUGUUGUUCAGAAGCAACAUCAGCUUCUUGUCACACUACUUCUCUGUAAUGCUGCUGCAAUGGAGGCCCUGCCUCUAUACCUGGAUAAGCUUUUCAACCAAUAUCUGGCCAUAAUACUAUCAGUAACUUUCGUUUUGUUUUUUGGAGAGGUUAUUCCUCAAGCAAUAUGCACCAGAUAUGGACUUUCUGUAGGUUCUAACUUUGUUUGGCUUGUUCGUAUUUUGAUGUUCCUAUGGUAUCCUAUUGCUUACCCCAUCGGAAAGAUCCUAGACUGUGUAUUGGGACAUAAUGAAGUACUAUUCAGACGAGCUCAAUUAAAAGCCCUUGUUUCUAUCCACAGUUGAGAGGCUGGCAAGGGAGGUGAACUGACACAUGAUGAGACAACAAUCAUUAGUGGAGCACUGGAUUUGACUGAGAAGACUGCUGAGGAGGCUAUGACACCCAUCGAGUCAACGUUUUCAUUGGAUGUUAAUUCAAAGCUGGACUGGGAGGCAAUGGGAAAAGUUCUUGCACGGGGGCAUAGCCGUGUUCCUGUCUACUCCAGAAAUCCAAAGAAUGUUAUUGGACUUCUACUGGUAAAAAGUCUGCUUACUGUAAGGGCGGAGACAGAGACACCAGUUAGUGCAGUUUCUAUUCGUAGAAUUCCACGUGUUCCUGCUGAUAUGCCACUAUACGACAUACUAAAUGAAUUUCAAAAAGGUAGCAGUCAUAUGGCUGCGGUGGUGAAGGCUAAAGGGAAAAGCAAAAAACCUCUCUCUGUAGUUGAGGAACAGAAACCUGAAGAUAACAGUGAAAAUUCUCAAGAAACAGCUCCUCUUCUGAUGAAAAAGGAUGGGAAAUCAGAUAAUGUCAUCGUUGAUAUUGAGAAGCCUACACUGCCAGCAGUACCAACAUCUGGUGAUACAGUGUUGAAUAGUGUGCCUCAUUCAUCAGAUGAUAUUGAGGAUGCUGAAGUAAUAGGUAUUAUCACCUUGGAAGACGUAUUUAAAGAAUUGUUACAGGAGGAAAUUGUGGACGAAACUGAUGAGUAUGUUGAUGUUCAUAAAAGGAUACGUGUGGCUGCAGCAGCUGCUGCUUCAUCAGUAGCACGAGCACCUUCAAUCCGGAGGUUGACAGCUCAAAAGGCAGCUGGAGGUCAAAGUAAACAAGGACAAUCACCUAAGAAGUCGAGUGAGGGCAUUUCCAUCUCAAGGACACAAGGGAGCAUUGAAGAGCCUCUACUCGAGGACAAGAGAUAAAUGGGUUGGUGAAAUCUGGCAGGCCUUUCAGUCUCUAAAGGUUUUGAGAGCACAAAGUUAUAGUGUUUUCCAAUUCGAUUUGUGAUUUAGUGAGAACAUAUUCUUUUAUGCAAAACUUACCCAUUGUCCACAAAAUGCCUCCGGUUUACCAGUUGCAUGGACUACUAUGUUCCUCUUAUUGAUUAAGGUCGCGAUUUUUAACUUGUAAAAACUUGGUUGCUUUUAAUUAUUGGUUCACACUCGUGUAAUUAACAACCACUGUUAAUCAAAGAUUUAAUUUUCUCAAUGCUUGACAAGAUUUAAUUAAAAAAUAUUUGUAGAG